CAUGAUCCAGCCAUCCAGACAAUGGAUGGAUGGAUUCUAUUCUACGCCUACAUUCCUGCAGCACAUUUCCGGGUCAGAGUGGCUCCUCUGUCGAGUCCCCCUAUCUGUGCGGUGAUUCUACUGGAGCUUUUACUCCGAGGCGGCGGCACAUCAGCGGCUCCGCGUCCAACUUCUCACCGAGAAAACAUCCACGAAACACACCUCAGCAAUGGCGGAGGCCCACCAGGCAGUGGCGUUCCAGUUCACCAUCACACCAGAGGGUAUCGAUCUGCAGCUGUCCUAUCAGGCCCUGAAUCAGAUCUACCUGUCCGGAGUGCGAUCCUGGAAGAAAAGAGUCAGCCGAAUCCGGAACAGGGUGAUAAAGGGAGUGUUCCCUGCCAGCCCUUCCUCCUGGCUCUUCGUCGCCAUUGGAAUACUGGCCACCAUGUACAUGCAGUCAGACCCCAGCAUGGGGCUCAUCGCCAAGAUCCAGCAGCACCUGCCGCUCAGUCUCCACGUGUCCCUCAGUGCCCAGGGUCAGACCAUGUUGUCAGCGCUGGUCUUCAGCACUCUGCUGUGGCUCUCCCUCAUCCUGGCCCUCAGGUUCUGCCUCAAACUGCUGCUCUCCUACCAUCAGUGGAUGUUCGAAAAGCACGGCCGGAUCUCCAACACCACCAAAGUCUGGGUGACUCUGGUGAGGUUGUUUUCAAGCAGGAAGCCUUUGCUGUACAGCUAUCAAACCUCUCUACCUCACCUGCCUGUUCCUCCCAUCAAAGACACACUGAGCAGGUACUUGGAGUCAGUGCGUCCCCUGUUGACUGAUCCAGAAUUUAAACGGAUGACAGAUCUGGCCAAUCUCUUUGAGUCUAACCUGGGGAACCGCCUGCAGCGCUACCUGAAGCUUAAAGCUCUGUGGGCCACCAACUAUGUGAGCGACUGGUGGGAGGAAUACAUCUACCUGAGGAGCCGAAGCCCCAUAAUGGUCAACAGUAACUACUAUGGCAUGGACUUUCUGUACGUGACCCCGACUGCUGUGCAGGCGGCCAGAGCAGGAAACACCAUCACUGCCUUGUUGCUUUACCGCCGCAAAGUCAACCGAGAGGAACUCAAACCAAGUCGUGUUCCAGGUACUGUCAUCCCUCUGUGUGCUGCUCAGUGUGAGAGGAUGUUCAACACGACACGCACACCAGGAACUGAGACUGAUGUGCUCCAGCACUGGCAGGACAGCGAGUUUGUGGCCGUCUACCACAAGGGGCGCUUUUUCCGCCUGUGGGUCUACCGGGCAGGCCGGCUGCUGUCUGCCAGGGAGCUUGAGUACCAGAUCCAGAGGAUCCUGGAUGACACUUCACCCACACUACCUGGAGAGGAAAAACUUGGAGCUCUUACUGCAGGAGACAGGAUUCCUUGGGCUCAGAUGAGGAAGCAGCACUUCAGCUCUGGUGUCAAUAAGCGAUCCCUGGAUGCCAUCGAGAGGGCAGCCUUCUUCAUCACCUUAGACGACGAGGAGCAAGGCAUGAGGGGAGACGACCCCGCAGGAAACUUGGACCGCUAUGCCAAGUCUCUGCUCCAUGGGAAAUGUUACGACAGGUGGUUUGAUAAAUCUUUCUCCAUUGUGAUCUACAAGAAUGGGAAGAGCGGACUGAAUGCAGAGCACUCCUGGGCCGAUGCACCAACGGUGGCUCAUCUUUGGGAGUUCACCCUGGCCACAGAUGCCUUCCAGCUGGGCUACACUGAAGAUGGUCACUGUAAAGGAGAGGUGGAUCGUUCACUACCCCACCCUCAGAGGCUCGUCUGGGACAUCCCCUCAGAGGUUCAGGCUCAGGUCUGCUCUUCUCUGGCUGUUGCCCAGGCGCUGGCUGAGGACGUGGACUGCCAUGUGUUUCCCUUCAGAGAGUUCGGAAAAGGACGGAUCAAGAAGUGUCGGAUCAGCCCCGACGCGUUCAUCCAGAUCAGCUUACAGCUGGCAUACUACAGGGAUCGUGGUGGUUUCUGUCUCACGUACGAGGCAUCGAUGACCCGUCUGUUCAGGGAGGGCCGGACGGAGACAGUGCGAUCCUGCUCCAAUGAGAGCUGUGCCUUCGUCAGAGCUCUGGAGACUGCAGAGGGAGAGGAACAAUGCAGACGUCUCUUCAGACUGGCUUCUGAGAAGCACCAGAACCUUUAUCGAAUGGCGAUGACCGGAGCUGGAAUUGACAGACACCUCUUCUGCCUCUAUGUGGUCUCUAAAUACUUGGGGGUGGAGUCACCUUUUCUCAAAGAGGUUUUGUCUGAGCCUUGGCGCCUGUCCACCAGUCAGACCCCCGUUCAGCAGAUAGAACUGUUCGACCUGAAGAACAACCCAGACUACAUCUCGCUCGGUGGAGGAUUUGGACCCGUUGCUGAUGAUGGUUAUGGGGUUUCAUACAUCAUUGUGGGCGAGGACAUGAUCAACUUCCACGUGUCGUCCAAGCACUCCUGCAGUGAGACGGACUCCCACAGGUUUGGAGUUCAGAUCAGCAACGCUCUCCAAGACAUCAUGGCUCUCCUCUCAGCUGACACCAAAACGUCUUCAUCUCACAAAGGCGCCGCCCAGCCCCAGAGCAAGAAGCAGCUAUGAAUCCACGUUAUUCCCCCGAAGAACCUGUCACCCUGAUGAGAAAGUAUAAUCUGACUGUCAAAGGUGAAUUUAAUGAGCUAAAUCAAAGGGAAAUGUCAGUUACAUAAAAGUUACUCAGCUAUUGGCUCUUUGCACCACAACAAACAAUCAACAGCCACACCUGUGGCCUCGCUUUCCCGCCACGUCUGAAUGUCAUGAUUGGCAUUCUUUCACUGAAAAGGCAUGAAGUUCAAAGCCGUUUCUGCGUGACCGGGCUCAAUCAAAGCUGCCUGGCAGCUGUUUCGAAGCAACACACACCUUUGUUUGAUCUCCGCUUUUCUAGUGUGUAGUUUUUGUAUUUAGUUUUGAUAAAUGCUGCAGAAUGCUUCUAGUCCUUAUUUUCUCUGAGGAUAUGAAACCUGUAACGGGCAAUUUUUAAGAGAGAUGGGGCAAAGGUCGUCGUUUAAGAAGGAAGUCUUUAGAAGCAGGACGUCUCUGACAGUAAGUGAUUAAGAGAUCCUACAUCUUAAUCAAAGUAACAUCAUUUAUUACAAUUCUAUGUUCAAGUUUAGUGGAAAGAGGAAGGCAAAAAGGGAGGUCCGACCAAAUUAGACCCGUUUAUUUGUUGUCAUUUGAUCUGAUGUGUUUGACGGGACGUGAGGUUUACGAGUUAGAAAGUCUCAGUCUGAUCUUUGAGAACUUCAAGUUGUUUCACUUGAUGUUCAUGUGAAAGUUUUAUGCAUCACCUGAUCUCUGGAUGAGCAGCCUGAAUCGAUACGGAACGUUUCAGGUCAGUAGUUCAGCUGCUGAUGCAAUAAACUGUGUAAACUGUGCAGAAAUGUACUCCACCAAUCAAAGGUUUGGACACACCUUCUCCUCAUCCGAUGCUUUUUAAUACUGAAGAUUAACACUUCUUUGUUUACAACAUAAUUCCGCAUGUAUUCUUUUAUAAUUUUGUCGUCUUCUGUAUUAAUCUAAAGUGUAGAAAAUAAAGAAAAGCCACUGAAUGAGAAGGUGUGUCCAAACGUUUGACUGGCAGUGUAUUUGUCCCACCUACCGAUCUACCUUAGAGCUGCCACAACACAUCAUCAUUUUCUUUUUAAUUAUUGUAAAUCCUGUUUUUUACGUCCACAUUUGCUUCUGUGGCACCGGUAUCACAGGACUCCACAGUGCUAUGAAAGAUGAAAAACUUGCCGUGCUUUGAUCAGGAUUUAAUGUGAAUCCAUGAAGUAGAGGUGGGGUAACAGAGUAGGUCACCAUGUGAGGCCAUCCUGGUUUGUUAGCCAGCGAUUUAGCAAAACUCAACAUAUUCCAAGACUAGACUCUACGAUGCAUCAUGAUAGCAGCAAAAAGCAGGAAUUCUGUAUUCAUUGGCAGGUCAGUCAAUUAGUGUCAGUCUCCUCAUCUUCGUCAUCAUAUGUUUAAGAAGUGACACCACAAGGAGUUGAUAUUUGGUGCCAGUAUAGUGAUGAUGUAUCUCAACAGGAAGCAAUAUAAGAUGUGUUGACAUUUUUGUUUUAUGUCUUAUUCCCACCGUAAAGUAACUAUAAAUGUGGACAAGAAAAAGAAAGAUUUUUUUUCCAGAGUUGAAUCAUAAAGAAGGCACUCAAGUACCUCAGAUUUGUACCUGUACAGAGCUGGUGAGUGACGUGAAGUGAAAAAACUGGUUUCCUUCUUGAGGUUCAGCGUGGAUGUAAAUGAAUCUUCUUGAAACUCGAAGCAGCCACAGAUGUCUUUGAGCUCCUGCUUCACAUGCAGAGAUUUCUGAUGUUUUUCAGCAUCUCUGUGUGCCAGCUGGAAGACCUCCAACCAUUCUGAGUGCUUUCAGAGCCGCAUCGAACAAUACUCAUGUGGAAACCGAAAGCGAAAUGAUGAAAGGCCGUCCGAGCCACUGCUUUGGAUUUGGUUUUAUCGGUCGCCUCUUAUUCAAUUCAAAUGAACACGACCAUUCAGAAGUUUGGGGUCACAUAGAAAUGUCCUUUUUUGGUGGUAGAAAAGCAGUUUUUUUCAAUCAAGAUGACAUUGAAUGAAUCAGAAAUACAAUCUAGACAUUGUUAAUGUGGUAAAUGACUAUUCUAGCUGGAAGUGUUUAAUGGAAUAUCUCCAUAGGGGUACAGAGGAACAUUUCCAGCAACCAUCACUCCUGUGUUCUAAUGCUACAUUGUGUUAGCUAAUGGUGCUGAAAGGCUCAUUGAUGGUUAGAAAACCCUUGUGAGCUUUCAUGGAAAACAUGAAAUCGUCUGGAUGACCCCAAACUUUUAAACGGUAGCGUACAUAUGCCAUACCUUUUAUGUUUUGUUUUCAGGCUGUUUUGAUGGAGAUCAGGUGAUUACAAAAAGAGCAGCGCUUUAUUAACAGCCACGUGAAAGUUGGAUGUAAGGGAAGAAGGGAGAAGUUUGGACUUUCUCUGUUUUUACUUUGUAUUGUCGGCUCAGUGUACUGAUUAAUGACAUGUAGAUAAUGUGUGGGUGUGUGCUUCAGCUUGCCAUACAGUCGUGUUUUACUGCAGGUCCAGAGUUUAUUAUAAGUAGAUUGUGCAACGCUAGGCCUGCUGAAACCCUUUCAAAUGUUCCAAAUAUCCCAACAGAGCCCACUCCUCUUGCUGCUCCGAGGAGCUUAGAACUCUCUGCGCUGAUAUCUCUUCAGCAAUGAACUACAAACUUGAUCUGUAGCCACGUGGCCCAUUAAUAUAAUCUGAAACAUGCUGUGGCAGUUUGGUUUGGGAGAGAUAGAAGACAUAUGUGGCUGCUCUUUGUCUUUUCUCUCGCAGCUUUUCAAGAUUCGUUUUUGUGUUUAUUCAACAGUGACAAUGAGGAUAAGUAGAAAACGUGGUGAGAAAGUAGGUUGACUAACCCCAAACACUCAGUUCUUGGGUAACUUUUCUACUUCAAGAUGUAGCUGUGCAAACAUAAAGAAAAAGAAAAGUUGACUCCUGGGCCAGUGGAAAUGUUUCCCAGAAAGACGUGCCUGAAUUCAAGUGUUCUCUCAGUUUCAAUGCAACCUUUUAAUCAAUGCAAUUCCUAAAGGAAACCUCACAGCGUGUAUUUCUGAACCGUUAUCCGUGUGUUUGUGUCGGUCAGAAUGUAGAAUAGUUAGCUAGCUACCGUUAGCAUCAAAAUGAGCAUCACAGAUCUAUUUUAGAGUUCUUUCUAUGCCUGAAAUUACCAGAAUAUGUCUUAUUCGGGUUAGUAUGAGUGUCCAGAAAGUUCCACUCCUGCAGCUACGCUCUGAUGUCUCCUUUCUAGACACUUAUCUUGAUAACUUCUCAUAACCUCGGACAGCAUUGGCUUCCGUUUCCGUCUCAGGUUUCACACUUGCGGCUCAUUUUCCAAGUUGUUUUCUGCCUUUUUGAUUCUUGUUUUACGACGUCUCACUCACACAGACGCACACUGACAAAUCAGUCGGUUUUUUACCAGAUUUACAAAGGAUUUUUCUACCUCUCUGCGCUCUUCUUCGGCAGUUUCUGUACGUGUGAAGCCCAAAGGAACCUGCUCGGUGCUCAUUUUUGUUUUGUUUUUUGCUUUUAUUUAAUCACUUUUUUUUAUAAAUCUCCAAAAACAAGCUCACGUUUGCAGUGGAAACAGUUUGAAAAAAAGAUUUCAGAUCAUUUUUAAUCACUCAUUCGUUGUUUUGUAUGUCUUUUUAAGGACAUAAGGGCUUCUUGUAACGUUUAGGAAACUGUCGUAGAGCUUCGGUUAAAUGCAUUAAAAUCUCUACUUGAUACCGCAGUCUGCCUGAAAGACGUACAACCAGAUCCUGUGCCUGCUUCACUGUGCCACAUUUAUUAUUCUGAAAUGUGUCACGGGGUAAACGACGCUCAACAGUUUGGAAAAUGAGCCUUUUUCAAGAAGAAAUCAGCAACACUAGCCUUUAGCAGCAGGCUAAGACGGAAAGAUAUUAACAGUAGCACGUGUUUUUCUUACUUAUUGUGAUUAUUUUUUGUGGGAUUCGACGUUCUGUUUUUGUCUCUUCAGCCUGGUUUCCUCGUGAUGUCGUUCACUGAUUUCUAAAUGACGCUAAUAUCACUCUUUUGGUACGUCAUUUUCACUCUAACACCUAUUUAAGUGUAAAUUGUGGACUUUGAUGGAUACGGUGUGCUUUGUAAAAUAAAAUAUUUACUCACCCUA